UGGCUGAUUCAAUAGUCGCGGGCUACUUGAACUGCGAGAAGCGGAGCGGGCCUGGAGAGCGAACAGCUGCUGCGUGCCUCGGAGUCUCGGCAGUCGCGCGGUUUGGCGCCUUCUUUUCUGCCGAGCUCGUAAGUCAAGCGCUGCUCUCGGCAUGCUGACGGGCGCCGCCGCCGCCGCUUCGGACCGAGAGAACCAGGAGAAUGUGCCCCCGCGGCCCAAAGGCGCUCCACACUUGGCCGCCGCCGCCCCGGGCACCCGGACCGUGCUGGGACUUCUGCGGGACAAUCAACAUCGCUUGGUCCAGCCGCAGGUGCCUCUCUGUCAAGUACCGUGGAGUACCAACGAUGAGAACUACGUCAGCAUCCCAGUGGGCAAAAUGGGAAUCAAGCAGCCUGCCUUUACCAUUCAUCUGGAUGAGCCUGAGAGCACGAGACCGAAGAAAAAUGGUGCACCUAAAAAGACUUUACUUAGUGAGGAGUACCUGGGCUUGGAAGCGGCUGUGGUUUCCCUGGGAAGCAGGAAACCUCUGACGCCUAUAGAUAAUCCAAUGGAUCUUGGCUCUGGAUCACCAAGUAUUAUGGACAUGUCAAUAGUCCAAGAAGUAGAAGAAAGAGUAAAUGUUAACCAUGUACCUGACUACGUUGAAGACAUCUUUAAGUACCUCAGGGAAAUGGAGAUGAAAUGCAGGCCUAAAGUGGGUUACAUGAAGAAACAGCCGGACAUUACAAAUAACAUGCGGGCAAUUCUUGUGGAUUGGCUGGUGGAAGUUGGCGAAGAAUACAGAUUGCAGAAUGAGACUUUGCACCUGGCUGUAAAUUACAUCGACAGGUUUCUUUCUUCAAUGUCGGUGCUGCGAGGGAAGCUUCAGCUUGUAGGAACUGCAGCCAUGCUGUUAGCAUCGAAGUUUGAAGAAAUCUACCCUCCCGAAGUGGCAGAAUUUGUUUACAUCACAGAUGACACUUAUACAAAGAAACAAGUCCUAAGGAUGGAGCACUUAGUUCUAAAAGUUCUGUCAUUUGAUUUGGCAGCACCAACUAUAAACCAAUUUCUUUCUCAGUACUUCUUACACCAACCAGCUAAUUCUCAAGUAGAAAACCUGGCAACGUAUUUAGGAGAGUUAAGCCUAAUUGAUGCAGACCCGUUCCUGAAAUACUUGCCAUCAGUCAUUGCUGCAGCAGCAUUUCAUAUAGCAGACUACACAAUUACUGGAAGAACUUGGCCUGAAUGUCUUGUUGAAGUGACAGGGUACACAAUAGAAAGUCUUCAGCCUUGCCUCAUGGACCUCCACACGACCUACCACAGAGCAACGCAGCACACACAACAGUCUGUAAGAGAGAAAUACAAGGCCAUAAAGUACAAUGCAGUAUCGCUCAUUGAACCACCAGAGAGACUAAACCUAUAACAAUCAAGAGACUGAGACUUUCAGUGUAUAUUACCCAGAACAGCAAUGUACAGUUUUAAACUUUUACUUAACACUUCAAUCACUCUGGUAUAUUACCACAGAAAAUUAUGAAGUUUUCUACUUUUUAUAACGUUUUAAUGUAAACUUUUGUAAAUGCAAUCUUGUUUUAUGUACUUAGGUGGUGCUCUUUAAAGUUCUGGGAAAACAAACCAUGCAGGUCAACCACUUAAGUCAGUCCUCAUAGUUUUAAUGAGAAGAGCAGCACCUAAGGAGGGCUUUCGAUGCUAAAUGGCAAAUCAAGAUAGCUUGGAAUCCAUUAGCAUGCUUGGGAUAACACGAGUCGGCCUUUCUCCAGGCUUUUAAGUUAUUACGAGAUAUUUUAGCAUGUCAGCUAGCCAUUGUUUAAAAUUAGUAAAUGAUGCUAUUAUGACUUUUUCCAGCUAUGGCGAAGAUCUCAAGCCGGCUAGAUGACACCUGUUAAAGCUUAUACAGCAGCACUGCAUAACUACAAGGUGUCAAAUGUGCUUACGAAAAACUGCAGUUCAGGGUCCAGAAAACAAUUGGUAGCUCUCUUGCUGUGAAAACAGGCAUCAGGAGGCUGAAAAACUGCCUCGGCUGUAUUUCCUGUGACGCUUAAACCUUGUUUGCUGUUUGUCGGGGUAGGCAUGGCUUUCUGACAUAUAGAUGCGAUGGCGAUGUGUUCAAGACUAGAGUUACAAUAAUGCAGUGCUGAACGAUGCUCCCCUUCACUAGUACAAAAAGGGCCAACUUAGCAGGGCUCUGCAUGUGGUACAUCUCACUACGUUCUUACUGUAGGCAGUAAAGGCCAACGGUUCAAGUCUACUUUUACUACAAUUGGGUGUACAGACACGGGGAAGAAGUAGUGGGCAUCUUGUGUAAAUAAGCCCUAGUUCAAAAGGUUUUCUAUAUUUGUAAGAAGGGGUAUUUUUUACUUGUACCAACAACUGAAUUCUUGUAAACGAGACUAAUGCUGCUUGCUGUGCUUACAAGUAAACCAAUCCUCGGGGAGAGAAAAUGUAAACUAUCUUGAAAAUGGCCAAUAAAAUCCUCUAAAAAGAC